AUGCAUUUUCAGUAUUGGCCAAUAAAUACCGUCAACGUUUCACUUAUUCCUUAUGUGUCUCAUGAUACUACUUCAGGGCUGUUCGGUUCUGUUUUAGAAAGAUACUUCUUGUCGUCAAAAGCCAGCAAGGGUUACCUUGUAAAGGACCCCACGGGAACAAAACCAGCACUAACGACAUGGUGGGAAGGUAUAAAUGCGGGAGUAAUAGAUUUCACAAACCCUAGUGCUGCAGAAUGGUUUUUAAGUGAGCUUUGGGGUCUUCAGGAAUUAGGUGUUGAUUCUUUUAAAUUUGAUGGCGGAGAAACGACUUAUCUUCCGCUAACGCCUUAUAAACUUUUCAAUAAUGCUGGAAAUCCUGAUACCUACGUAACAGCUUAUGCACGAACAAUUGCUACCGCUGAUAAGAUGCUCAGACAAGAAUACAGAACAGGGGUCCAAACUCAAGAUCUUCCUCUAAUGGUGCGAAUGAUUGAUAAAACGUCAACAUGGGGAUACGGACAAGGUUUCAAGACAUUGAUAACUACCGCGCUUACUUUCAGCAUUUUCGGGUAUCCAUUCGUUCUUCCAGACUACAUCGGUGGCAACGGGUAUAAUGGGGAUAUUCCGGAUUCAGAACUUUACAUCCGAUGGGUUCAAGCCAAUGCUCUCAUGCCAAUAAUGCAAUUUUCAUACACUCCUUGGUUUUUCCAGAAUGAUACCGUAGUAAAGGUUACACGUGAUAUGAUAGCUUUACAUGAGCAAUAUGCUGAUAAAAUUAUUGCUUUAGCAAAGGAUUCAAUUAUAACAGGAGAUCCUAUCAUAAGACCAAUGUGGUGGAUUGCACCUAAUGAUAUACCUGCUUUAACAUGUGAUUCUCAAUUUAUGUUAGGUAACGAUGUUCUUGUAGCACCUGUAUUAGAUAAAGGUGUUACAGAAAGGCAGAUAUACCUACCUGUUGGCACCUGGAAAGAUGAGUUAACGGGUAAAAUGAUUAACGGUCCUGUUACUCUAAAUUAUGCUGUUACUCUGGAGGAUCUACCAAGAUUUACAAAAGCAGAUUAA